ACACAAGUUAAUCCGACAAAACCUCUAAACAUCUAGAAAGAAAAAUGAAAAACAUUUCAAUCUUUCUAGUUGUUUUUGCCCUAUGCAUGAUUGGCAAUGCAUAUGGCAUUUCCAAUCCAUUUAAAGGAAAAAAGACGUCGUUGUUAUUCAGGAACAGCCUUUCACACAACAAAUGGCUCAAGGUACGUUGUAAAUCUGGGGACAACGAUGUUCGUGAAAGAUAUAUGAGACCUGGAGAAGAUUGGGGUUUUAGUUUCCACGAUGACGUUAUGGGAGAAACACUUUUCUGGUGUACAAUGUAUAAAGGAGCUGAUUAUAAGAUAAAGAAGACGUUUGAUGCUUAUGUUCAAGACAAGAGAAUGCCUCACGGUGGCUCGUAUAAUUAUGUCGCUCAAGAAGAUGGGAUCUAUCACAGUACUUUGAUACACCGUAUGCGGAAGAUGUAUGAUUGGAAUUAGAAAAAAUCUCCUAUGUUAUUCAAUAUUUAUAAUGCUUACUCAAAUUAUUGAUUUGAUAUAGUUGUAAAGUAUUUUUAUUAUUUGUUUCAUGGAAGAAUCACUCUUUACAUUAAAAGAAAAGUGAAGAGAGACAUUUCAGAACGAUUUUUAUGAAGGACAAUUUGUUUCUGUCUCAUCCUCAAAUAUGUAAGGAACUCGUCAAAAAUAUAAAAUAAACAUACCAUAAUUAAGAA